AUAUCACUUGUUGAUCUGAAUCUGCUCUGGUAGAGCUGUACUCUUGUAACUCUCGUGGUAUUACAUACAUGUAUACUCCAUGCUUUCAUGCUUUCUAUACCGUUCUACCAAUGCCUUUGUUGGAAGCCUGUAAUUAAUUGUCAGCAAUACUGCAGGAUAUAUUAACACCAUUUGAGAAAAUUCCAGAUAUACUCGCUGCCACUCGCAUUAUUUAUCCACACAUAUGAUAUCGUGUGAUCAAAACGUGCUAUUGGAUUUUGCUUGCACAUGGUACAUUGGAUAAGAAUAGUGCACAUCUGACGUUCGUAUGCACACUUUGCAAGAAAUUUGUGACAUCUUGCAAUUGAUGGAGGAGAGUUAUAUCCAGUUUUCAUGACAGAAGUUCACCACACGGCAGUCAAUUUAUAUAUUGAAAGUCCUCUGACGUAAUGAUGACCAACCUGAAGGACUAUGUCUCAAGUUUGAAAGAAGAGAGCUCAAGUGAAACGUGACUUUACCAAGGAAUAUCGAAAGCGGCAGGCAGAAGACAUGGCCACUGGGCAGCCGUAUAGGGUUCGCUACCCUAAUUCACAAAUUGGCCAACAGAUAUAUGAUCCCCGAACCCAUUCUUUCGCUACUACUCGGGGCCUUCACCCACCCAACCUAACACACUAUGUAACUAGUGCCUUCAGACCUGCAGGUAUACCUCAAGUGCCUUUACAGCAACGUUUGGUAUCGCCAGGAGUCAUUCCAUCCAAUCAAGAACAAUACCACCAGCAACGAACAGUGCCUUCUUGUGGCAGUGGAAAACAUGCUAUGCAACUUGGUCAGCAUCAGAAUCAGCAGCAUUUCUUCCAGAACCUGCCAUCGUCCAACCCAGCCAACAGAUUUCAAGAGAUUUCUGUGGAUGCUUAUCAAAGAGAGCCACCCAAUUCUGCUGUGCAAUCUGCUGCCCAAGUCCAGAAUCCUCAUUUGAUGCGUCGAUACCAUUCCAUCAAAGAGACAAAUGACAGCGAAGCACUUCAUCAAGAACUGCGCAUGCUGCAUGCUGUGCAUUAUCAAGAUGUAAACAGAAAAGAUGAGCUUGUGGACACCUACUGGAAACAAAAAAUUGUUUUGGACAAUAAACAAUUGGCACAGGCAUCAGGAGCUCAUCAGACAAGAUUUGGGCCACAAAUUAUAUCCAAUGGUACAGUUUUAAGAAAGAAGGUACUUGAAGAUACACAUGCACAUGCUCAUGGACAACAAGCACAGGCGAUGUACUUAGCAAGACAGGGAGAGUUGUAUCAAGAAAGGAAAAAUGAGUUACCCCUCGACUCAAUUAUCUCUCCAUCCCAUCCCCUAAUGGCCCGAUAUCCUCACGCACAACCUGAGACACGAGUCAAAAUCGAUAGAACCACGCAGCCUCAUGUUCCUCAUCUUGUGCAAUCUAUCAGACAUGUUGUCUCAAGUCCCAACAGUUCAGCUGGUAUACCUAGAAAUUAUCAAAGAUAUCAUCACAAAGAAAGAUAUAAUGUUCCCCAACAGUUUGAAACUAGAAGUCAGGGAGGUAUGAUGCCACACCAGAGUGUACAGCCCGUACACCAAGAAGUAUUCCAGAACCAGAGACUGCAUAGGAAUUUACCUCCACAGAUGCAUACUACCAACAUGAUGAGCUCUGAAGUUCGACUUAAACAAGAAACACAGCCAAAUGUGUCGCUACAGUAUAGUCAAAAUGUUGGUAUGAUGCCUAAUAGCACUGAGCGAAUGACUAUAAAAGCACAGAUGAGGCAAGUGAAUCAGUUGCAGACCAUGGGCAAUAUGAUGACAGGACAUAUGCACAACAGCAAUCUUUCAGGGCAGAUUAUGAGGAACAGAAUGUGUGAGGAUAUAGAUAAAAAGAUUUCUACUGAUGAUAUCAGCAAUGAAAACAGAAGGUUGUCUAAAAUGGCAGUUUCCAUAAAGGAAGAACAAAGGCAACUAAAGGAAGUCCUGGAAAAAUCACUUCAUAGAGCAGCUGUUCAGAGCACUCAGAAGACUUCCGUGGAGAGUUUAAGAAACUCAUCAAGUUACAUGUUUGCCAAUCCACCUUGUGUAAAUGAAUCAAUGCCUAGAAUAGUUAAAGUACAGAGUUUAGCAGAGCAAGAAUCAAAUGGUGCAGCAACAGGAGCACAAUCAAAUGCCACAAUUGGAAUUUCUGUUGGAAUUCCAAGAGGAGAUGGAUUAGGAGUUAAUCUGAAACCUUCCAAACCCAAAUCAGCCAUGAUAAAAGCACACCAAGAGCUCCAGGAAGUACCUUUAAAUGUCAAUAGAGUACCUUCUAUAGGAAGCCUGGAUAGUGAUAAUGGUCGUAAAGAUUCAUGGGAUAGUGGUAUUGAGUCACCACCUUGGCCUGAAAACAGAGAAGCAUGUGUGAUGAAUAUGAAAAGAGCUGCCUCAUGUGAUGAGAAGGCAUCUCUGAGUAAUCUCCACCAAAUUCAGAGGGGGAAAGUGAUAGAAAGAAAAUCAUCUAACAACUCGUUAUUGAAUACUGGAUUGGAUCUGUGUGCACAGGAUCUUACAAACAUUCCAACUGAGAGAAAUUAUUCAGUACCAAUACCCACGACCAGCAAUGUAGAUGUUUUGUGCAAUUCGUCAUUCAAAACUUUAAAUGGAAAUGCACAGCUUGUGGUUGAUGAAGAAGAAAAGAAGAGUAUUCCAGGAGGGCCAGUCAGAUGGAUGAAUCGUAAGAGGAGCCUACCCACCGAUGGUGUAUGCCCUGUCGUACCUAAGGUGAUGAAUCACAACUCUCAAGCAGUUGCUUUUUCUGAGUGUACGAGAGCAUGUGUCCCAGUCGAGGAGGCAAGAAAGUCUAUAGAAGGUCAAACAGUUACAACCAUGAUUGUUCAAGAUGAAUGUCCAUUAGACUUGUCAUUGAAGAAAGACCAGGAUGAAACUUGCAGUGAGAUUAAAGAAGUCCAGUCAAAUGAGAAUGAGGUCACAAUAGAGCAGAAACCAAAUAUAGACAACCCUGAAGAAGAAACAGAAAUAAACAGUAACAAAGUAAAGAGGGAAGAGGCAUUUGAAGGAGAAGGAAAUAAGGGACCAGAUGGUAAAGAGAGUGGGAUUCCAGGUCCUGAAAAUCAAAUGCAAGGAUACUUUGGUACAAUAAUGAUGCGUGCUCUGCAAAGACUAUGGUCUGAAACAAUAACUAAACUUGAUGGAGAGGAAGCAUCUAAAACCAAGCUAGAAAGUAUUGACAGUAGCGAUGAGGAUUCUGGAAAGUACUUCCAGCCGUCUUCUGUAACAACGUUGAAGAACAUACCACGAGUGGACAGCCCGGUUGGAUCAGUACAUGCUUUGGGGCAAGAACUUAUGAAGAAUAUGCCUUCUAGCUGCAGUUCUCCCCAUGCAUUAGAAGUUGCUCUAUGUGAACUAAUGCAGCAAUCCUCAGGAGCGUUUAGACAUGGGGGAGAUAUCUUCCAGCACUUUGAUAGUAUCAUCAAAAGAGAGUUGAUGAUAGAGAUAGAAAAACAACCCUUAAAGUGCAAGGAUGAAUCUACAACAGAAACCAAACAGGAAGAGGAUUCAUCAGUUACUGAAUCUGAUCUUAAUGAAAUGAAACCAGAUGAGCAAGCUAGUGAAACCAGUGUUCUUGGUGAUGGAAAUCCAUCUAUCAUGCUUGAUAGAGAGGAAGAAGUGGAUGAUUCACAGAAUCUUGUGAUUGUGGAAAGCUCAAUGUCUCCUAAGUCUUUACCAGAUACUCAAGCAACUGAAGAUAAAAUGGACCAUACCUCAGCCCCUGCCCCCAUUCUAAAAUCAUUUGGGCCACCUACACCUGUAACUGUAGAAUCUCCUGUUCAUGAAUCUUUCAUGUCUCCUGGGCAGAUGUAUGCAAAAGCAGCAAGAGAAGCUGCACAGAAAGCAGCAAAGGAAGCUGCCAACAAAGCAGCAAAGGAAGCCGCCCAAAAAGCUGCAAAUAAAGUAGCAGCACAAAUGGCAGCUCGGAAAGUAUUACCAGUGACAGAAGAUGGGGUCUCACAAGCACAACGUGGAUGCAGAUCAGCUGGGGAUGCCAAUGGAAUUGAUAUAAUCUCUUCAGAAAGAAGUUCACUUAGAAAGACAUCCCCAGGACCGUCUGGCCCACUGAAGCCAAAUACUAGCUUGUAUCAUAAUGCACAAGGAGACCAGAGGAAUUCUCAUCAACUCCAAAACCUUCAAAGAUCAGCAGCAGUGUUUGUUAACCAACCUCAAGCACCAGCUCAUCAAAGACCACAGUUCAUGGGUCAAGACAUUCGAACUGUGGUUGAUGGGGAAGAAGCUGCUAGAGAUACACGUAAUCGUCCUCAUGCCCUUGUUGAAAGACGAUCUAGUGAAUCUGCUAUUUUCAAACAGAAUGGUACAAAUCUAUCAAAGAAAGACAAAUUGCAAAGAAUGACGAGUGAUGAUUCUUUGAUUAAAAACUCUCUUAAGAAUUAUCGGACUAUUGCUCCAUCUAACAAGCAAAUCACAAAAGAAAACAGCUACCAUGUUAUGCCUCAAACAGUUUGGCGAGCACAAACACAGGAUGAUAAUGCCAAUAAGGUCAGAUUAGUGAAAGUGACAUUCAACAAUACUAUUCCAGUUCAGGCACCAUCGUCUGUGUCCAUUGUUCCAAAUGCUCAAUAUAUUCAGAAUCGGCUUCAUAAGUCACCCAUUGUUCUCCUACCUAAAUUGGUGUGUGUUGCAGGACAAACUUAUUCCGAGGUGACGCCUGUCAGUGGGACACAAACUUGCUCACCAGGGAACAUUGUUCCUCAAAAGGACAAUAAAGAAAGUGUAAGCAAUACUUCACCAGUACUACCAACAGUUUCAGUUCAGGUUCCUUCAAAUGAUUUUGCUCCUGUCAAAAGCAGUAACCUCCCACUGGUAAGACCUGUCGCAGAGAAGGUUCAUUCCCCAGAGCUGGUAGACACCGUCAUUGGUCCCUUUCACAUCAUACAAAAGCCGCCAGUAGAACCACCUUCUUCAAAGAAGCCUUCAGUCAGUGCUUUCAUCAUUAUUUACAAGAAAAUUAGUCUGCCAGGUGUUCUUCGAUCAGGGGUGCCUUUUGUACCACCUCGGUUGUUGCAGAUUGGGAUUUUCCCAGAAGAGACCUUUGAAGGAUUUUGCCAUGCUCUUCAGGAUUGUAACGUCAUGCAGCGUUACAUGACUGUACUUGAGAGAUCAGCCCUCUUCACAGAUCUGAAGCACAACAAGAUAUCAAGCUGCAAAUUAGUAUCUUUGGAGGAGUUUGAUCAGAAAUAUGAAAACAUCAAAGUGCUGAUGCAGAUCAGCAAGAUGACCUGAGAUUCUGUGGUUAUCACUUUUGCAGAUGAAAAUUGUGAAUGGGUCACUUUUUUCAAUGCAAAGGGCUCAUACUGACAAGAUGAAGUCUGUAUACCGGAACUGCAUCAGAAAAUCUCUAAAAAAGAUUAAGCAGAUCAAGAAGAAAAACUUGGUCCUUUGAUGUUUGACUGGUCAUCACUGUAGUUUCUUCAGAAAAUAGCCACCAAGAAGGUACUCAUGAAGUCAAAAAGUAGUUAUUUAAAGUUACCUUAAUUGAUAUUAUUCAACUGGAAUAUGCUCUUGCCAAUGUCAACAUAUACUGAAAUUUGUAGAGAGAUCAUUAGGCAACACAAAUACAUGUAAUUCAACUGCUACUGCAUUGACUAACAUUCAACAUGCUGAAUUGAAUGACCAUUAAGGACUGAUGUUAAAAAGACAACUGGAAUAUACCUAUCUAGAUUUUAAAAUUUGAUAUGCUGAAUCAAACGGUCAACAGUGACUGAGGCUGAUAAAAAACAAUAACUGAAAUAUCUAGAUAUCACAUUUCAAUUCAGAAAAUAAUAUGAUAUUCAUAUUAAAAUGAACAAUUGAUAAAGAUGCUGAUAAACAAAAUUGAACUGAUAUGUAAGAAUAAAGACUUGUUAAGGUCUUUAUAGAGGCAAGAUAGAAUCUGCAAGAUUAUAAAUCAAGCAAUAGUGAUUUAUCAAACACUUGCAAGGAGACUCAGAUUCCACCAAAAUUUCUUACCAUUUUGAUUGAUAAUGAUUAAUUAUUUUGACCUCCGCUGAGUUAUGUGGGCUCAGAUGUUUCAUGUUAACUGAGUUCCCAAAGAAACUGAUCAAACUUUACAAGGGUCUGCACAAAUUCCCCUCAGUCAAAAUGUACAAUAUUUUUACACAGACUAGCUUAGAUAAUCUUUACUAAGCACAAGCCUAUAAUUAAUAGAUUGGUUCAAACACAGAGAGCCUAUAGCCUCUCACAUCAAUUGGUUUCAGAACCCAAAGUCACAAAAUGGCAAAAGAGAGACCAAUGAAAAUGAGAUUAAACAAACUUCCCAGUUUAUCUCAUGUCCUUCACAGGCAUGUUUAAUUGAUUGGUUUGAUCACAAAGAAGUUAUACAGGAAGUUGAAAUAAGAAUGUCUAAUGACUGGAACAAUCACACAGCCACACACAGAUGCCUUGCUAACUGGACAUCCACAGGGUGGAUGUGCAUGACUGUGUGAUUGUUCUAGUCAUUUUGAUGUUAUUUUUCUGUAAUGUCUUAGUGAUUUAGCCAAUCCCUUAAACAUGCCUGUGAAGGACAUGUGUGAUAAACUGGGAAGUUUGUUUAAUCCCAUCUCAUUUCAUUGGUCUUUCUUUUGUCACUUUGGAUUGUGAAACCGAUUGAUGUGAGGGUGUAUAGUCUUUGUGACUGAACCAAUCUUUUCAUCUUAGUAAAGAUUAUUGAAGCUAGCCUGUGUUAAAAAAAAUUGUAAUUCUGACGAAGUGGAAUUUUUGCAGUGCCCUUAUAAAGUUUGAUCAGUUUCUUUUGGAAAUCAGCUUAUUUCAUUGGUUCUUGGACUCCUUGCAUGAAAUACACAUUUGUCAGGUCAUUUGAACUAGAUAUAUCCUCAGAACUUCUGGUUUAUAUUUUCCAUGAUACCCCGGUAUUUGGAAAUAAGCCAAUCUUAAAAAGGCCACUGCACACCUUGCGACUGUUCGCGAUCCGAUUUUGGAACAAAUCGCAUUUUGCUCAUUUUCUGAAGAUGUGAAUGGAACAUAUCAUUUUAUUUGAGGUUAAAAUUAAUUGAAAUAAUAAUAUUAUAACCAUUUUGAAAGAUUGCAAGCCCUAAUUUUGGAGUAAAGGCCAAAUUAGUUUCAAAUCGUACGACUGCUAUGACGUCAUUACGACUAGAUAUUCAAUUCGCUUUUAUUCUAAGAAGGAUGAUAGCAUAUUCACAAAUUUGAUCAAAGGUAUUCGUACGAUGAUUUAGAACAUUACUCAGUAAGAUAUUCCAAGUCUCAAUAUUAGCAUCAAAUUCUACUACAUUUUAUUCUUAAAUAGGGUCGCAGGCCAGUCGUAAUGUGUGCAGUCGCCUUAAGAUGCAAAAAUAUAUUUUAUAUAUAGGUACAUUUCAUUAAAAAAAGGUGUUCUGAAUUAUUAACUCACAAGGUGAGGUGAAACAUCAUUCCAAAUUCUUGAAUUUUCUUAGGAACUUUGUAUGUGUCUUAGAACUGCUCUCUUUAGGUUCUUGUAUGUCUUUAUUUGUCUUAAACAAUUUCACUUUCUUUUAGUCUUCUUUGUGCAGGGAGGGGGGUCUGUCAAAGUGUGUCUCUGUGACUUGACUUGCACAUCCAUUUUUAUUUGUCUAUGAGAUGUCACAAGACUUAUCAUCAGUGAUAACCGGCAUUUAGCCAAAUUUUUUGUCAACUUUUCAAGGUUGAGUUUCUUGCUUAAUAAUCAACUCUAUCAAGUACCAAAUUUCAGUUAAAAUUUGUAUUAUUUAAAAAAUUAGAGCAUAUUUAAAUUUUGUAUGACCUGUUAAAACCCCCUCCUUUCAUUUUAUGAAUUGUUCUAAACCAUUUUUUCUGUACUAUAGCAAUCUCUUGAAUGACACGUAAAAUGACACCUAACUUGAUGUUGCGCGUGUGCGGCGUGCAUGCAUUGAUUGAUUUUAUGAACUAGCAUAAACCAUGGAUUAUGCCUCUGAAAGUUAUGUGCAGUGUGCAUGAUACGCAUGGUUUUGUAAAGUGACCUAAAAUCCCAUGUUUUUCAUCAAAAAUAAAACAGUUUCUGAAAUGCCUAACUGCUUUAUUUCUAAUGUAAAAAAAAUGGAAUUAUGGGCAAAUCUUUGCAUAUUAAAUUGGUAAAAAUAAGUUCUCUGGUGUCUUUCAAAGUGCAAAGUUAUGAGCAUCUGAAAAACAUCCAAACUUUGAAGAUUAUCUUGAAAUUGUGUUUUAGAAACCAGCCGGGUGUGUGCCGGUUAUAAUUGCUGAUGAUAUGGGCAUCUGCAGAGUAAUGAAUAUACAAUACUACAUGUGCAGUUGCAUGACUGUAUAUCUGUAUCUUGAAUUUUCUUUUAUUACAAAAUGGCUUAAUUAUGGAGCUAGUCACACCCUCCCAUGCAUGCAUUUGUUAAACACAUUUUAUUGUAUUGUCAUUGCCUUAUUUGUGAUAAUUGGAUGUUACAAGUGUAGAUUAGUGUUGUUUGUCAACUGUGUCAAUUGUCCAUAUUCAUUUGGUCUAUAAAUCUAUAUUUGUUUGUAUUGUAAGUGUAUGAUGUAAAAGAAACAGGGAAUUGUACAUUUUUAUGAACUCAUCGGGCAUUACAAAUUUCUUCUUGAAUCACCUUGUACAGGUAUGUGUAUAACGUGUACUAUCAUUCUGAAAUGUACUAAUAAUAUUGCAUAUACAAUUUUUUUUUUUUUCAUUGUAUAAGUACUUUUUUCCCCAUUCAGUCCAGCAAAAUUUCAGAUCAUUCGGUUAAAGUAAAAAAUUAUUUCUGGCCAAUUGACUGAUAACAAGAAUAUUUGCUAAUAAUUACAAAAGCAUUUAAUCAAAUAUAAUGAUAUUUGUUUGAGGAGUUCAUCAGAUUUCUCGAAUUAUAUGAAAUUAUUAACAUGUUUCCAAGUCAUUAUAUUCCAUGAAACUUGUUGAUGAAAAUAUUCAUGAAGUAUCGGCAAUUUUGUAAGUAAAAUUCCAGGUAACGAAUAAAGGCUAAAUGUCAUUUCAAGUAAAAAAAUAUAUAUAUAUAAUUUGAAUUUUUGCCUAAUUUGAAAAGUAAAUGAUCACUC